CAAUUGAGCACUGUACCUGCUGUUCAGUUCCGUGGAAUAAGACAACUCCGGGUAAGGUAAGCAAUUGGUACUGGGCAUUGGCAUUGUAUGUGCACGACCGUUGCAAAAAAAAACCCUAAAGACAGGUUCGAUGAUGAAAACAGCGGAGGACAGGAGUUGGGGGUUUCAUCCCACAAGGGAGGAAAGGGGGGAGAGCAUGGCAUUUUUUUUUUUUUAAACGAUGAUAAAUCGGGUAGACAAUCAGGAUGUGGGGCACCCUGUAACACAGGCCAUCUGGAGAUGACGAUGGCUUUUGAGGGUGUUUUAGGGUAUAUACAAGGGGAGGGAGCCAGGAGGUGUCUGGAAUGCGUCCAAAAAGGAGGAAAUUGCGGGCCCCUGUCGUUUCAUCUGUUUCAUCCCCCUCCUCCGUUUCAUCUUCUCGUGAGAGUCACCGCCGCAAAAUAUACACACAGACACACCACCAGAGCACCCAACAUAGAUGCAAACUCACGAUCAUAUUUUUUCUUAGUCCCGACUGUGCAGCCUGUUGAUGUUUGUGUCCAGCUCGUAAAGGCGUACGUUUGUUUACACACGGGUUUACGGGUAACACGGAUAUACGGGUAGUCUAUGGGCGCGCAAUGCUCUUUUUUUUUUUUUGUGUUCUUGAUCCUCGGCGAAAUAGUGCGACUAGGGCUGACCCAUGGUC